CGCGAGCAGUGGGUGGUGCGCGCGUGGACCAGUCGACGACAUGGCGGCGGCGUGUGCUCUGAAGCGUCGCCUCGACCAGAAGGACCACCACCGCUCGGUAGAGCUGAUCUCGGACAAGACAGCGGCGGCACUCGAAGUGCCGGUGCAGAAGCGCCAGACCUCGUUUGACUCCAACUACGCGGCGGCGAUCCGCGCGGACCCUGGCGGGCCCCACGCGUGCCGGGCCAAGGUGCGGCUGGUGCUGGACGGCUGCGUGCAGGUGUGCCGUGUGGUGCACGGUCGCACGCUCAUCAGCAAGCUCCUCAACACCAAAUACCUGUGCCGCUGGGAGUCGCACCACCUCUACGUCACCGAUGACGGCGUACAGUCGAGAACGCGUCAGGGGUUCAUGGACACGCCGGUGACGUACUCCGAGAUCCGCGAGGUGCGGCGCAUGGGACUCUGGGAGGCGGCGCACAAGUUCUGCCUCAGUCUGGUGCUGCCCACCGGCCUGCUGGUGCUGCAGAUGAGCAGCCCGGUGGCGCGAGACCAGUGGUAUCACUCGAUCUCCUGGAAGAAACGUAUGUUUCGGCACAAAACCAAGCUAAAUGAAUGCAGGAAGCCCGAAGCUCUCGUCAGAGAAAUUAAGGCCAUGAUCGAUGUCUGCAUGCAGGAGCCGCUGCUGGACGAUGCCAUCUACCAGACUCCCCUGGACGUGGUCUCGGGACUGCUGACCAAGCACCACCUGUGGACGGACCGGCUGCUGCGCGAGGAGCUGAUGCUGGCACUGACGCCGCUACUGGAGCGGCUGCAGCCUAGUCGCGAGGUGUGCGAGUUCUUCUCGCGCUUCUGCCGCGACUACCCGCGCUCCAUCCUCGUCCAGCUGCGCGUGGCGCCCGUCGUGGAGAAAAUACUCAAGCACAACGUGGACUUCAGCAAGUUCUUACACACGCGAAGGCUGGUGCAGGACCUUCUGCUGGCUCUGGGCAGCCAGGGCAGUGGCUACCAGGCCACCAAGGAUCUCAUUUGCAGGAUGCACGGCCCGGGCAGCACGUGCCCUCACCCCCGCGUGCUGCCCAACCUGGUGGCGGCCUGUCUGGGCGCCGUGUUCCUGCUGCAGGAGGCGUGGCGACGGCCGGCCGACGACCAGAACGCCCUCGGCCUGGCCACUGACCAGACGAAGGCGCACGAGCACCUCGACCUCUUCCUGAACGUUGUCGGAUUUGUGUCUGAAUGUGACGACUGGCGGCCGGGGCUGGCACUGCUGCUGCAGCCGAUCCCGUUCCCGGAGACGGCGGUCAGCCACCCGGCCUUCGUGAGGUCGCUGGCGCCUGUCCUGAAGCGGAUUGGCUCCGACCCGCGCUGCGAGGUGCACAAGAUGGUGCUGGCCACGCGCGAAGAGAAGGACGGCUGGCUGGACGUGGUGUGCCCAUCGUCUGCCUCCUGCCCGGACGACGGACAGCUGUGGGCCGGCAUGCUGAGCACGCUGCUGACCUGCUGUUGUCGGCGGAAGGCCUUCCUCAAGUCGCUGCUGAAGGUGCUGGGCGCCUGUCAGCUGAUGGCCCUGCGCGGAGACACCACGUGCCAGGAGAUCCUGUGUCAGAUGCUGGAGUGGGGUCUGAUCGCCGACUGCCAGGACCAGCGCGUGACGGUCAGCACGCUGGUCAGCACGGCCAGCGGCGAGGCGCGCUACCGGGCCCUCUGCGACCGCAUGAACCAGCUGCGCGAGCUGCAAUCGAAGGGCGGGCCGCGCGUGCUGAGCCUGCCGAGCCGCUCUACCGACCACGACCUGGCGCAGCUGCUCUCCACCGGCUGCUUCGGCAACCUGGAGGCGCUCAGUCUGGCCUUCACCUCCAUCACGUCACAGAGCGCCGAGCAGCUGAUCAAGCUGCCCAACCUGCGCUGCCUCAACCUCUGGUGCACGCAGUUUGGCGACGACGGCUUGCUGCUCAUCACGGAACACCUGCCUAAGCUGGAGGUGCUGAAUCUGUGCGAGACGUACGUCACCAACAAGUCGCUGCCGUCGCUAGCCGCACUGAAGGGACUCCACACGCUGAACCUCAACAGCACCAAGCUGUCGGCUGAGACGUGGACGGCCCUGCGCAUCCAGCUGCCUGAGCUCAGGGAGGUGGACGUUCGAUACACGGACGCCUGGUGACGCGGCACCAGCGGCACCAGCCGGGCGC